GUUCUUCUCGGCCGUUCCCCAUUCAGUCUCCAUCUAGAUCGCGGAACCAGGACAAACCCCAUUUGAUUACUCCCCCGCUACCCCCUCCGGGAUGGACGACGGGCCCCGCCUCGCCGGCGAGCCCGCGCACGUGUCCUCGCCGGCAUCCUCUUCCAGCUCGCGGGCCUCCCGGCCGCGUAAGGGGGUGCGGCUCCGCCCGCUGCGCCGGCGGCGCGGUCCGGCGCCCGCCACCCUGGCCUCUCGGGGCGGCGACGGCGACGGCGAAGAUAAUGGCGGCGCUGCCGCGCAGGACGACCUCGCGCUGCCACUGGGGAUGUCGUUCGCGGCCGUUCUCGCGCGGGUUAUGAAUUCGAGCAAUGAUUCAGGAGAAAGAUUGCAUCCGGUCAUCCUUUCCAAGAUCUGUACCUCAGCAGUGAAGGAAUCUUUGGCAAAUACAUAUGGUGACAGGUUUGACAGUUUCAUGAGAAAUUUUGAGAAUUCAUUUAGCAGCACAUUGAGGACGCUUCAUCGUAUUAAUGAGAUACCUGUCAACCAGAGAAGUCCUACUCCUGAAUACUCUUCUACGCAUGGAGGCUCUGGGGCUGUAGGAAACUCGAGCGCUGUUGAUCUGCAAAAUCAUACAAAAGAAAUCGAGCAGGACCUCGUGAACUCUGCAGAAAGUCAACUUGUUCUUUAUGCCAGAGACAAUCAACAGCUGGCGGAUUGUGCUCAUACCAGAUCCUCCCGUGUAGCUGAUCGGUGCAUUCUCAGUGCUUUUGAGAGAUCUGUGAAGGAGCAGGCUCGCUCAAACGAACUCAAGGAAUGUGAGAUUAGUCUUAGCAUGAGAAAGCUGCAACUGAAACAGUCUGAAUUAGCUCUUAGCUCCUCCUCACACAUGUUAGAGAAGAUUAAGUUGUCCUUUGGUUUUCAGAAAGCUUCCUUCCAAGGAGAGAAAUUCAGGACUCAGAUGCAGGACACAAGGCAUGCAGAAAUCCUGAGGACACUUAUAGAUUUCCUUGUUAGUGCAGUGCUAAUCAUGUCAGUGUGUUUUGCUUAUGGAACUUACGUUCACUCGUACCAACGGAUAACUGAUGUUACAGCAGCUUGUUCAGCUGCUUCAAGGGGAUCUAAAUCUUGGUGGGUGCCAAAUUCAGUGUCAAACUUCAAUUCUGGCUUGCAAUUCAUCAGAUGUCAUGUGAUAGCAGCAACACGCAUGUGCUUUGGCAUAGUAAUGAUUGUGGCAAUUGCAUGGCUAGCAUCCCAGCGUUCCGCACUGACUGGAUCAAAUAUGCCUAUAACUUUCAAUUUCAUUUUGUUGGGAGUUAUUUGCGGCUUUGCUGGAAGGUUUUGUGCCAACACUCUAGGCGGUGAUGGAAAUAUCUGGCUUGUGUUCUGGGAGAUACUUUGUUUCAUCCAUUUACUCGGGAACUGUUAUCCAUCUGUUAUUUACCAUGUUCUUCAUGGUCCUAUAUCAAUAUUUCACAGCAAGGACGGUGUAUGGCUGCCGUACUGGGUUCGCCGGUGCAUAUUCUAUGCUGCGCUGGGGCUUGUUCUCCCGGUCUUGACUGGCUUACUUCCAUUUGCUUCUCUCUCUAACUGGAAGGACCAUUUCUCUGAAGAGAUAAAAUCCCUCUUUGUUGGUGACAAAGUUGAAGCCUGAAGUAUCUUGGAUGCAAUAAUUGCCACUACGCUGAUUGGCACACUGCUAUUCUGUCUUGUCCCGGUCAAGUGUUCAAAUAAACCUUUUGGACUUCUGGACAAGUAAGUUAUGUUGAAUUGGACAUUUGCCUCGGAAGUUUAUCCCCUGAGAAGGAAAAUUUGGAUGGGAGUUCAUGACAUUGUUGAAUCUUGAAGGAAGAAUAGUUGAAGGUAUCAAUGCUUGCAGUCAAAUGGUGCAAGCUUCUUCGUUGUAGUGAACUUGUGACCUUGCACUCAGAUUUCAGGUAUCAAUGCUUCAGUUUGCUGUAGUGUGUUAAGAGUGCAGACCGGUUAACUGCUACCUGUGAUGUAGUUAUGUUCGUCUAAUAUUUCUCCUGGAAUGAGAGUCUUUUCUUGCCUCACUUGCCGUGUAAAUUCAGAGACAAUACGGUGUUAAGACUUAAGAGUGCAGACCGUUUGAGUACCACCUUUAUUGUAGUUAUGUUCUUCUAA